AUGUCGCCAGCUGUUGGAAACAUGGAACUUGAAAAGAAGCGAUCGGCAAUACGAACCCAACUCCACCGUCUUCGGGAUAGACAAUUUGGUGACGAGUGCAGGGAGUUUAUCCGUGCCAUUCGUUACUUGCGACUUCGCAAUGAUGAACUUCGAACCCUCGACUUUCUCGCCCGUCUACAGACUGCACUCCAACGAGUCUCCAACGAGGGUAGUAUUAGCGAAAUUCAUCGGAUGGCGAUGAUUGCUGUCCAACAAAGAAGAAGACAACGUCGACGACGACGUGCACCUGCAAGUACAGGAGUGCUUGGUUCCAAAAAUAGGAAGCGAUCACCUCCUCGGUAG